CUAUAUUCCAGAUUCAAAACACAUAAUUCAAUAGUUCACGUUUGCUCCUUGCGUUGCGAGCAUGGCCUCCAAGAAGAAGACGAUGCUGUGGGAGCCACACUACGAUAGCUCCCUGAUGAAGACAACCACACAAAUCAUGAUGGAGGAGGGCUCUCGGCCACAGCGCACACUCUGCACCACCGAUCACAAGCUGGUCAACUUCCAGUCGUUCAACAUGGAAGAUCCUCGCUAUGGGCCCGUGGACCAGGAAGAGGAACUAGUGCAGCCCAUGAAGUCUGGCUAUAUGCGUGAGUAUACCCAGCCUUAUCCCUCGCGCUGCAAGCCACUGAAGCCCAAAGGGGAAACGCCAGACUUUAUGUGGAAUCGUUUGCCGAAGAACGACUUUGAUCCGAUCACGGGCACCUAUUACAAAUUUCUAGAUGAUCACAUGCACAAUAUACCCGAGGUGCGCAAGAAGGUUAACUUUUUCAGGCAGUUGAGGAAUCAAUCAUUUUUGCUUUAUUGAGAGCAGCAAAAUU